CACACAUCAUUCUUACUACUUUUUCUUAUCUAAUCAAUAUGUUGCAGGAUUCCAUAAUCCGUAGAACUGGGGGUCAGUUUGGUGCCCAGGAGAAUAAAAAGCCUACUUUAAAUUACGAAGCUUCCAAAUCAUUACUUCCUAGCAAUUUUCCAGUGGAGAGGGGUCAGUUUGGUGCCUCAAUGCAGGAUCCGGCCUGGGAAGAAGAAAAACACCUCUCGGAUGAAGAAAAUGAUACUAUGUCUGAUAAAGAAACCGAAAUCGAUGAGAACGACCCCUAUGUAUUAGAUCUCCCUCAAGAUUCCUGUGCUACCCUGUCUGAAAGAGCUCGAAAAACCCUUAAACAGACCCUAUUCCUCUCCAAGUCUUACUUCACAUCGUCUAAACCAUUUUUGUUGCGGAUGAGCCAGAAAAAAAAAAACAUCCCAUUUUCCAUCGAGUUACAAACUUUUGCCUCUUCCAAAACUGUCAUUGUGACUGCUGGUGGAUGUGCGAAGAAAGUGUUAUUCUUGGUCCAAUUCCACCCUCACGACUCAUCCGAUCCAACCUUCAACCACCUAUCCGAAUUGAUUGAAGACCUCUACAUCAUGUCUAAUCACCGGUCCAAUCUUAAGAACAAGAACAAGAUAUCUGGUCGAAUGUCGGGGAUAGGAUUUCGAGGAGGUUAUGAGAAAGGCAAGAGCGCAGGUUCUUAUGCAGUUCGUAAAGACCUCAAACCCUCUCAGCUCGAAUUAGAGACAAACCUGCAGAACAAGCUACCUAGACACAAUCAAUUCAUUGCGGAUCGGUUUCGCCAUUUCUCAGAGGAAGCUGUUGCCAAGAACAAGCAGGCAAUGAAGGAGUUUGGUAUUCCAAGCUGGUCCGAUGAAGCUUGGGAAAGCUACAAAAAUGAUCCAACCCCUCUUUGUUCCAAUGUGAUAGUAACCUCAAACGAUUUUUCCAACAAGCCACAUUGCGACAAGGACAAGAACAUUUUCACGUAUGGCAUCUUUAGCUACAUUGAUCGAUCCACCGGAACUCCAAUCCUACCGCCCUCAAGCACGCGUGGUCAUGGAAUCAGAUUCCCCGAUUAUGACUGUAACAUAAACUUUGGCACGACCCCUGGUAUUAUCGAAGUCUUGUGGAAAAGUAACGAUAUUUGCCAUCACACCAUAGGCCCCCCUGAGGAGCUUAAAUCAACUAAAAAAUCCACCCACUUUGGUUGCUCAUUUCAAAUCAGUCAUCGUCUUGUAGCUAGGGCACUCAAACUCAAAUGUCUACCGGAGGAGGAAAAGAAGAAGAGAACAAUGACUCGAGAGGAGAGAUCCAAAAAAAAGUAA